UCCUCCUCGGGACUCGGGAGUUCACUUGGUCGUCUGUCCAAAAGCGUCUUCGUCUGUUCAUCUGGCAGAUCCUUCAUGAUGCUGCGUUGUUCGCUCCUGGUGAUCGGAGCUCUGCUCUCAUUGGCUGUUCAGCCGCUCGACUCCGCGGAGAGCUGCCAAGCAGUACCGGGAAUGCCAGGUAUUCCUGGACUUCCUGGCAGGGACGGACGUGAUGGUGAGAAAGGAGAGAAAGGACAGCCAGGUCGGCCGGCGCAGGGCGGUCUCCGCCCACAGAAGGGACAGAAGGGGGAGCCGGGGGCGGUGGGACCCCCUGGGAAACGAGGACAGGGCGGGGAGCAGGGGCCCGCAGGUGGGGUGGGGCCCGCUGGACCUCCAGGAGAGCCGGGAGAAGUCAGAGCUGUCGGUGAGCAGCAGCGGGCCGCCUUCAGCGUGGCCAGAGGCACCAGCAACUUCCCGGCCAGAACCAGCGUCAUCCGCUUCACCAAAGUCAUCACCAACCUCAACAACGACUACGAUGUUGAUACGGGGCACUUCAAGUGUCGUGUCCCGGGAACGUAUUACUUUGUGUUCCACGCCUCUGAAGAGGACAAACUGUGUGUGCUGAUGAAACUGGACUCAGAGCUUCUGGCCUCCUUCUGUGAGAAAGACGCCAACAGAAACAACAGACAGGUGAGCUCUGGAGGGCUGGCCGUCUACGUGAAGAAGGACCAGGAGGUUUGGCUGGAGACCAAAGACUAUGUCGGCAUGACAGGAAAACCAGCGGGUUACAGCAUCUUCUCUGGCUUCCUGCUGCAGGCUCACUGACCGCAGAUCAGCCCCCUGCUCACGCCCAAAAACAGAUGCACACUGUGCAGCAGAACUCGAAACUAAUGUCUUAAAACCCAUGUCUGCAAGUGGAUGACACACAAAACCACAGACAACGUCUUUUUCUUCACACUGAGUCUAGAAAACACACAUUUGUCAAAGAGCUAUGUUCAUUUUCUGCAUCAGUUUCAACUUUUUCUGAAAUCAAAAAUGCAUGUUCUGUGAAAAAUAAAGUAAAUUAAGUUUCUCACAAUUAUGCCUCAGUAGUUU